AUGGAAGUUAAGCAAGUAAUGGAUAAGUCUGAACCUGAAGAUGAAAGCAAAACUUCCUCUGCCGAAAUAACCUUGAAAUCGGCAACAUUGCCAAGAAGAAAAACUACCAAAGCAGAGAUUCAGCUGAACUAUCCAAUACCUAAACCCACACCCAUGGGAUUCAAGACUGAAAUGGCACAUAAUAUCAAGGCAUACCCUAGCCCAGUGACCCAGAAGACUGAGAUAAUGUUUUCAGUUUUUGAAAAUAGGGAGAAGAUGGUUUUAGUUAUGGAAUAUGCAGCUGGUGGAGAACUUUAUGAUUAUUUAUCUGAAAGAAAAGUGCUAGACCAGGAAGAAGCCCGCCGAAUCUUUAGACAAAUAGCAACAGCAUGCUAUUACUGUCAUAAGCAUAAAAUAUGCCACAGAGAUUUGAAACUCGAAAACAUACUACUUGACGAGAAUAAUAACGCUAAGGUUAUUUUUUUCAAUUUGUCAAAUGUCUUUGACGAUCAAAGACUUUUGAAUACUUUUUGUGGUUCACCUCUGUAUGCAUCUCCAGAAAUUGUCAAAGGAACUCCCUAUCAAGGUCCCGAAGUUGACUGCUGGUCCCUCGGCGUUCUUCUUUACACCCUUGUCUAUGGCGCUAUGCCAUUUGAUGGAAGUAAUUUCAAAAGACUUGUGAAGCAGAUAUCAAACGGGGAUUAUUAUGAACCAGCAAAACCUAGUCCGGCAUCUUCUUUAAUAAGCGACAUGUUGACUGUGAAUCCUAAAUCUCGGGCAGACAUAGAAAAAAUAUGCACUCAUUGGUGGGUGAACGAAGGCUACAGUGAAAACUGUCUUGAUAUAUCAGAAGAGUUAGCAAAUCAAACACCUGUUCGUUUGGAUGUUCUUUUAUCGUUAGCACCUCCGCCUCCACAACUGGAAAGUGAAAAGCUUAUGCUUACAGGAGAAGACCAGACUGCUAAGAUAGAAUCUAUUGCGCCUACCAGAUCUCAAUCUGUUGGCAGUUUUAUGGAACUUGCACAUCCAGCAGAAAGACGGAUUAAUGAUCUUCUUAAUGACGAUAAAAUAACUCCAAAGAGAAAGUUGGAGACUACAGUGAGUACUGAUCAAGCUAAUUUAGACAAGAGAAAAGAUAAGAUCGUCAAAGAAAACACAGUGGCUGAUAUCACAGUUCAUACAAAUAUAGAGAGUUCACCUCUAGAAGAUGAUAAUAUGAGUGAUGCCAACCCUCUCAAUAAAAGUUCAACUCAGACAUUGUCAAGAGAUAUGGAUAUAGAACAAAAUGAAGUUAUAACAGAUCCAUCUUCGCAAGGUGCAGCUUGUUCAGAAAUUUUGGAAGAGGCAGAGAAAACAAAGCUUCAAAAAGUAAAGAGAACUUUAUCUACAAGUUUGAGUACUAAAGUUUUGGAAGGCAUAAAUGAAAUACCUAGUCAAGAAAAUGUUGCUGACACUUUAGGUAAAGAAAAUGUAGAGAGUGUUCAAGAAACAAAAGUUGAUGAAAAGAAAACGUUUUCAGGAAGUAAAACCCCGAUCAAGAAAAAACUUGUAAAGAAAAAAGUUCUUACUGAUAGAGAUGAAAAUUCUAAAGAAAUGACAGCAAAUUCAGAAGAAAAAUCAGCCCCGUUAGAAGAAGUAAAAGAGAAAGAAAGUGAACCAGAGCCACCUUCCAAGCCUAUUGAAAGGAGAAAGUCAAGAAUUUUCGAAGCUGCUGAGAAAUUUCAGAAUAUGAUUUCCCCAACCGAGCCUAAACCAGCAUCUAUGGAAAAACCGAAAAAAAUAGUCAUACCUGGAGUGAGCGUAGGUGGUUUCAAAAAAGAAUUUGAACGAAAAGCAAGCUUAACAUCAACUUCCCCACCAAAGCUCAAAUCUACAUUAAGCAAGAGGAUUGUCCCAGAAAAGAAGCCUGAAGAGAAAGAACCAGUAGAACAAACAGUUGUGAAAGAAUCAGAGCCCGAGCCAAUAAAAAACGAGGAAGAUAUCAAGGAAAGAGUGCGAAAUGCAGUCAGUAUAAUUUCAAGUGCCUUAGACAAAGAGGGGACGAGAAAAUCCAAGUCCCGACCUUGCAUAAUGAGAAAACCUCCGGUUCCUUUCGGAGUCAGUGGACGAUCUGCUUCUGGCAAUAUUGGUAUGCUCACGAGUCCAUUGUCUCCUCCACCAGGCCCCAAGCCGUUUAUCAAACAUAACUUCGAUAAAAUGGAAGUUAAGCAAGUAAUGGAUAAGUCUGAACCUGAAGAUGAAAGCAAAACUUCCUCUGCCGAAAUAACCUUGAAAUCGGCAACAUUGCCAAGAAGAAAAACUACCAAAGCAGAGAUUCAGCUGAACUAUCCAAUACCUAAACCCACACCCAUGGGAUUCAAGACUGAAAUGGCACAUAAUAUCAAGGCAUACCCUAGCCCAGUGACCCAGAAGACUGAGGUUGUUGUUCCUGUUUCAUCUGUUACUUCUAUACCUUCAACUGGAUUUAGGUCAACCUCAAUAGAGCAACAUAGUGUAGUAAAGGGCCGGUCCAAAGAAAGAAUUAUACCAAUUUCAUUUGAAAAAGAAGAGGAAACCGAGGACAAUGUGCAAUCACCCCCAUCUAAACCUCCCGUGCCAAGGUUUUUCCAAUCUCAAAGAUCGGAUAGUUCACAGAAGACUUCCCUUUCAAGGCAGUCAACUCAAGAUUCUGAUACUGAAACUGUAGGUUCAACAGGAGAACCCAUUAAAAAGUCACCUAGAGAGUACAUAAUACCGAUAGCCGUAGAGGGAGGAGGCUAUGUAACACCAAGAGCUGGCAGUUUGGAACCUAGUGAAACAGUCAGCAGCACAACUAGUACCAUGACCAAUAGGAGCAAGACGAAGUUCGGAAGAGCCAGGAGAAUGAACUCCCUAUUCAGCGACAGAGACUCUGAAGAUGAAUCUUCUCCAUUUUCCACCUUACAUCGACAUGGAUCAAUUGGAAAAGACAGUGAUAACGAUGAUUCUAAAAGAGAUGCUUUCCAUCUGCACAGGCUAAGGAGUACAAGGCCCAAAAGAUCGAACUUGGAGCACACUGAUUCUUUGAGCUCUGGAGAAGAGGAUGAUGAUGAAGGAUUUGAAAUAUUAACUGCAGAAAACUUGUUUUCCACUCUGCUCUCUAGGGUUCGAGAUUUAACCCAAAAACUAAAUGUUGACGAUGGAGUUAGACCUGGUUUCCCAAGCAGUCGACUGCUGAGUCAUUUUGAUCACGGUACAAACUUCUGGAACAGAAUGGAACAUCCCCUUUCAAGGCAUUCUUCGUUGGGUAGGACGUUCAAUCGAGAUAGGCCAAUAUCGAAAGCAAGUACUGGUAGUAGUUUUGGAGUACCCUGGAGGAGAAGUGUUAGCAAGGAUUUAGCAUCUGAUAUUGACAGUGUAUUCAAAAAUGCAACAAAUACUACUGCUCCACGUCCAACUGGAGGGUAUUUUUCCUGCAACCAACCUAUUCCCGUUUUUUCAAUGGGCAUCGUUUCGCAUGGCCGUGACGGUGUUGUGUGGUUGCAGCGCGAGUGCGUGUUACGGUGCAUGUGCCCUGCGGACCAGCCACACAGAAGGGCACCCACUAACUGCCUGCUGGCUACCUGCUACAACACAGACUCGCUGCCGCAGAUGUUUUGUGCCAAAAAUUCAUUAACUUCUGAAGAUGGUUCGAAGAAUGAAAAACUUAAUUUAGCAGACCUCGAUUUGAAAAAAUUUGGUUUCUCACAAGAAGAUGCUUUAGCAUUAUCAUAUCUAACGCCAGGUCUCUCUAGAAGGAUUCAGAAACAUAUACUUGCUCAAUUGGCACCUUCUGAAGAUAGAAAACUUUACCGAACAUUAUCAUCUCGCACCUCAGGAGAACAAGAUGUAUCGCAUGGUUUCACUUCUACACUCCCAAGAAAGUUUUCUAUUGAAAAUUCCAAUUCAGUUUUAACAGAGGAAAUAGAUAGGCCAAAAGAGUCCAACUUGAAAAUGCCGAAAUCUCUCCUUCCAAUUAAACGAGAUGAGAAUAAACCUUCAUAUGAGUUUAACCUCAGAUCGUCAAGUAUAGGCGCUGAGCCUAGAUGUGACAAUAAGUUCAUGUAUAGAAAACCAAAAGUUACAAAGUCGUUUUCUGUGCGAGAACCAAGGUCCUAUUCAGUGGCUAAAACCGAUAUUCAGAGUCCCGAUUCCAGUAUUUCAGAAAGCUUUUCAAAUUCAAACAGAAAUGAUAGUUUGGAGAGUAGUUCAAAGUGCAUAUCAGACUCGUCUGCAUCAAGGCCUUAUUCAAAGUAUUCAUCAGAUUCCUUAUACAGCAGAUAUUCGCCUAAUAAAUCAUCGCAAUCUUUGGCAGCUACGGAUAUUCACAAGACUGAUUUAAAAAAACCGUCCAGUGCAAGAAUGGUGUCGAGAUUUUUGAGACCUGACUUUUUUGAUACACCUAAAGAAGACAGUAUUUUUUUCAAGGAAAAGAAAGAAAGGGAAAUGGAAACACAGAAGGUUUUAAAGGAAAUUAGAGAUAAAAGAAAAUGUAGAUUAAGUUCCAGACGAGAUCGAUCUGGUUCUAGAGAAAAACAGGUGGAAAAUAAACCGAUUCAGGAUAAUUUUGAAAAUAGAAAAGAGGAAAUUGUAAAAGAAACCAGACACUUGCUUUCAAAUGCAACUGAUAGUAUCAAAAGCUUGGAAAAUGAUGUGACGAACGUUCAUGAUUAUGUAAAUGUUUCUGUGCCUGUGCAAGUAGAAAGCAAUUCAAAAGAGUCACACCAUUCAAAAUCUCUACACGAUUAUGUAAAUUUGAAGUCUUGUGAAAAUUCAGGUCCUGCAGUUAAAAAAGAAAGGUCUUCUAGAAUUGCACGUCCAAAAAGUUACCCAACUGAGAACAUAACGGAAGACAAAAAAAGAGAUAUUCCUGAAAAAGAAUCAAAAAUAAGCAAACUUCGCAAGGGUUUGACAAAGCAGUCAAAAGAAAAAUCUAAAGAAGAUAAAAACGAAGUUAAUAAGUCUAUAAACGAAGAAGAAAAGGGUCAUAAAAACAAGUUAUUACAAUCAAUAGAAAAGAAACUUGAAAAAUUCAGGUCUUCAAAAGAUCCAGAAGAAAUGAGAGUAGUUCAAGAAAAAAAAUCUACAGUAGAAAAUGCCAUCAAGCGGUUACGGGAACAGAGUUUGCCAAGAAACUUGGAACACUGUACAGAAUCUGGUUUAAUUAAAAGAGCAGUAUCUGUGGAGGAUCUGUCAGGCGCAAAGCCAUUACAAGCAUCUAGGAAGUCAGUUACUAAAAUCUUGGGUCUUUUUAAAAAAUAUGAGGAACAAGAUAAAAAAAAAGUUACAAAAAAAACUAAAAAUAAAUCGAACAAAUGUGGUGAUAAAGAUAGUGAUAAAACUACCGGAUCUGUGAUUGAAAAAGAUGGAACUGUUCAAGUCAAUUCAAAUUGUAAUGAAAACGAAGCGCCUCCUAGUGGCCCUAGUCAAUCAGAACCCUUAGAAAAAAAAGAACGCCCCCGAUCAUUACUUCUUGAUAAAAUGAAGCAGUUUCGAAAUGGUGCUAAAAGUGAUACAGGAUUGAAUGAAAAGGAGUCAAAAGUCAAAUCGAAAUUGCCUGUUAACUCCUUCAGGCGUAGUUUAAACCUAGACAACUUGCCUGAACCUCCCAAGUUCUAUAAAAAUCCCAGUAGAACUAAUCUUACAGCAAGUGUUGAUAAGAAAGUAGACCGAAAGCACUUGAAGUUAGAUUUGGACAGGGUACCCAACAGAAAUGAACCAGUCAUAAUUGUAGAUCCUGCUCCCAGUUCGAGUAAUUGUGAAGAAAAUUCUAAUGAAAACCGAAAUUCUCUAACGACAACUGACGACAGUUCAACUGUAUUGUCUCCUUCUGAUGACUAUAUGAGUUGUGAUUCAUGGUCAGUCUGUUCUGAUUUUCAUCAUAAUAAUGAAUUACAUUCUCCACUUUCCCAAAAUGGUCAUGUUUAUUCAGGUGACGAAAACGAAUCAGUUAUUGACAGAAUCCGAAGAAAAAGUUUCUAUACUAGAUUCAAUGAGAAGAAAAGAACUCGUAAACCAAAUUCCUACAGAGAUCUUGAAUUAGGAUAUAAAUCUCUAACAGACUAUAGUUCUUUAGAUCGGAAAAAUUACGAUUAUGGAAAUCCAGUUACUCGCAGAUCCAGUUAUGCUUCCACACUAUAUGAACCUUCCAAAUCCUACAGACCCUAUAAUAGAAGUUCUUCGUUAAUGAGUGACUAUGUUAACAUGCCCAACCGCUACCAGACUUAUAGUUCCAAAAUUGGUAGGCCUGUUUCUUCCUUAUACUCUGAUUCUGAAGAUAAUAUUUUGGAUGAUACCUAUUCAACUGCUAAUUCUAAAAAGUACAGUUCCCAAAUAGCAUCCAGGCCAAGUAGAACAUCUGUCUCACCUGUAAGUGAAUAUUUUGACCACUCUUCGUCCUCCGUAAUUCCGUCUACUACUUCAGGACCUGUUUGAGAUGUUUCUCAAUUUCUUUAAUGUAACUUUCAACUUUUGGUACAACUCUCAGAUCGCUAUGAAUUUAUUUCAUGGUCGUUCAGUUUUUUAUCUAUUAAUAUUUAAUAUCUUUUUGUGAAACCAAUCAUUAGUUAAAUUGUUGAUGAAAUUUUUAGGAAGAUUAGGUUAAGUCUGUUAAAUUGAGGAUUUUUUUUUCAU